GUGAAGACUAAACCGUUAACAUGACUCCUGUACUACACCUAGAAGAAGAACUAGAAAGCCUCAGAGCAGUGACAGUAGUCGAUGAUUCGAACUUGGACGAGAAGCCAAAUUUGAAAGGAGAUUGGUUGAAUUUUUUCCUAUUGUUGUUGCUGUACACGAUGCAAGGCAUACCAUUUGGCUUAACAUUGGCAAUGCCGAUAAUUUUGCAAAGCAACAAAAAUGUAUCUUACAAAGAUCAAGCUAUGUUCAGUUUAGUUGCAUGGCCGGACAGCUUAAAAUUGAUAUGGGCCCCUUUGGUAGACGCGGUAUACGUACAAAAGAUAGGAAGACGAAAAUCUUGGCUUAUACCAGUUCAAUAUUUAAUGGGAGCAUGCUUCAUUUAUAUGGCUGGAAAUAUUGAUGAAUGGUUGCCAGAGACGCGAAAGCCAGAUAUACUGAAGUUAGUAUUUGUAUUUUUCAUCAUGAAAGUAUUAGUCAUCACGGAAGAUAUAGUCGUCGACAGCUGGGCACUGACAAUGCUCAAAAAGAAUAACGUAGGCUAUGCAUCUACAUGCAAUGCAACCGGUCAAGUGAUGGGCAUGAUGAUAAGUUAUAUAUUUUCCGUCUUGUUGACUUCAGAAGACUUUAGCAACAAUUACUUACGUAUUGAACCAGGCGUAGGAGGAGUAUUCACUAUGAAAUGUUUAUGCUAUGCUUGGGGUAUUCUAUUUAUUUUAAUAACUACAUUGAUUGCAAUGUUUAAAAAAGAAAAAGAUCACAGACUAGAGGACGAUCACAUAAAGCUCAACAUUGUUCAAAACUAUUCACUAAUUUGGGGCAUUUUAAAACUACCUGGUAUUCAGUCAUUGGCAUUAACAUUGCUGACAGCUAAGAUCGGAUUUGCUGCAACUGAUAGUCUAGCGCUUUUAAAACUCAUUGAUGCGGGAGUACCAAAAGACAACAUUAUGGUUAUACAGACAGCAAUGUUUGUUGUAAAAAUGAUUUUGCCACUAGUUGUAGCAAAAUAUACUUCUGGGCCAAAACCGAUGAACAUAUACCUAACAGCAACUCCUUUCAGAUUACUUUUGAAUAUUUCAUUUGCGGUAUUUAUUUAUUACACUCCGACUUUGAUAACAAUGAAUGGGUUCGUCCAUAUUCCAAUAUAUUACUAUGCUCUAUUAGUAUGUAUAUUAUCAGUACAUGAUAUGAUAGAUAACAUUAUGAGAGUAGCUACAAUAGCUUUUUUCUCUCGAAUAAGUGACUCACGUUUUGGUGGUACUUACAUGUCAUUAUUGGGUACACUUUCAAGCUUGGGAGCAGCAUGGUCAUCUUCAGUCGCUAUUGGAAUUGUGGAUUUCUUAUCGUUUAAAGAAUGUUCUUUAGACCAAAAAAAUGAUUGCUCUACAUUAAAUCUGAAAGACAUGUGUGAAACAAAUGAAAAGGAUUGUGUUGUUAUAGUGAAUGGUUUUUAUGUAGAAACAGCUGCGUGUACCAUAAUCGGAAUCAUUUGGUUUUAUAUUUUUCGAAAUAUUCUUAGAAAUGUUCAAACUAAAGGCCGUUCUUAUUGGUUGGUCAAUAUAAAGAGACCAAGAACAUGAAAGAAACCUGAACGAACACAGAACCGUGUUUCUACACAUAGCUUCCAAAGAUAAAUAAAAUCAUAAUAAUAUUCGAUCUUAAAAAAAGAAUCGGAUUUUAUACUACCUAUUUUACCUUCUACAUGUCUAUGCGAAAUUCUAAACAAGAUCUAUAUUAAAAUCAGGUUAGGUGAGGAAUAAACAUAAUACUAUAUAACCUAUAUGCUAUGCUUCGUAGGCGGAUGCAAUUCGCAAAUUGGAACAGCCGUUGUCGGUCUUAUCAUUUAUUAGUUAUUCAUUACCAAGUAUUUAUUCUGUUGUUUUUUAUUUAUAUGA